AGGAAGUGGAAAGUUUCCCGCCCACUUUUUAUUCAACGGUUUUUGUUUACACUGCGGCGCUGCGGAGCUAAUAUUGUAAUCUAUUUUAUUAACCGUCAUGAGACGGUCUACAAGAAUUUCCAGAAGAAAACCUUUGCCUGAAAAUGAAGAAAGCUCAUCUGAGAAAGUUGUGUGGCAGUGGCAGGGUGACGAAGGCCAGUGGGAGGCCUACUCUCCAAACGACUGUGCCUUGCUGGACUCGGCCGUGACCUCGGGGCAAACCCGCUUGUCCCUGACGUUGGGUUCAGGAUUGGUCUACCAGCUGGAUCUGAAGAAGAUGAUCCAAAUCAACUCCGUCACCAAAUACAAGAGGAAGAUCCGCUCGCAGACACUAAAAGCAGAUGAGGCAGGUUCUGAUGACACCGGGGGAGAGGCCAGUGGUCCCAACGGGGUUCCUGCGGAGGUUAAACAGGAGGCAGAGGAGAGCGAGGAGCAGCCGAUUAAAGGCAAGAGGAAAAGAGGCAACAGCGCGAGCCAAGUCAGCAGAACAGACAAGAAACUCAAGGAAGAGACGCCCAGUCAAGAGGUUGUGAAGACAGUGGUCAUGAAGGGAAACGCUCCAGUGGACACGGAAUGCCAAGCCAAGCUUGGAAAGGCUCACGUUUACAGCGAAGGAGGGGACAUUUACAACGUGAUGCUCAACCAAACCAACCUUCAGUUCAAUAACAACAAAUACUACCUGAUUCAGCUGCUUGAGGAUGAUGCGGCCAAGGUGUUCAGUGUGUGGAUGAGGUGGGGCAGAGUGGGCAAAAAGGGCCAGUCUAGCCUGACGUCGUACGGUGGAGAUCUACUGAAGGCUAAAGAUCUCUUCAAGAAGAAGUUCUUGGAGAAGACAAAAAAUGAGUGGGAGCACAGGGCAAGCUUUGAGAAGGUGGCAGGAAAGUACGACCUGGUCUACAUGGACUUUGGCACAAGUAAAAAGGAGGAGAAGCAGACCUCCAUGGUCGCCGAACCAUCGAAGAAGAUGUCCAAGCUGAAUGUGAAGGUCCAGUCUCUGCUGGAACUCAUCUGUGACAUCAAAGCCAUGGAGGAAGUGGUGCUGGAGAUGAAGUUUGAUACUCGCAAGGCUCCACUUGGCAAACUAACCGUGGAGCAGAUCAGCGCCGGCUACACGGCGCUCAAGAGGAUCGAAGCGUGUCUGAAAAGGAAAAAUGGUGGCAGCGAGCUGGUUGAAGCUUGCAAUCAAUUCUACACCCGCAUCCCACAUGACUUUGGGCUAAAAACGCCGCCUCUAAUUCGGACGGAAGAUGAGCUGAAGAAGAAGAUUGAAUUGUUAGAGGCUCUUAGUGACAUCCAGAUUGCGGUAAAAAUGGUGGAGAGCAGCAGCGACGGCGACGAGCAUCCUCUGGACCGCCACUACCACACCCUCAACUGCAAGCUAGACCCUCUGGACCCCCUCGGCGAAGAAUACAAGGUGAUCGAAAAGUACCUGCAGUCCACGCACGCCUCCACGCACUGCGAUUACACCAUGAGUGUGAUGGACAUGUUCGCCGUGGACCGCGACGGCGAGAGCAGCCAUUUCCUGUCGCACAUUCACAACAGGAUGCUGCUGUGGCACGGGUCCCGUCUCUCCAACUGGGUGGGCAUCCUCAGCCAGGGGCUCAGAGUGGCGCCCCCCGAAGCUCCCGUCACAGGUUACAUGUUUGGCAAAGGCAUCUACUUCGCUGACAUGUCCUCCAAGAGCGCCAACUACUGUUUUGCCAGGAACCACAACCAAGUGGGCCUGCUGCUGCUCUGUGAGGUCGCCCUGGGAGACAGUAACGAGCUGCUGGACGCAGACUAUAACGCCAACAACCUACCGGCUGGCAAACACAGCACCAAGGGCAUUGGGCGGACUGGACCUGACCCUCAGAAUUUUGUCACUCUGAAUGGCGUGACGGUUCCCAUGGGUCCCGGCGUCACGACAAAGAACUCAGCCAGGUGCUCUCGGGCCGGUGCUUACUCGCUCCUGUACAACGAGUUUAUCGUAUACAACCCAGCGCAGACACGCAUGCGCUACCUGCUGAGGGUCCACUUCAACUAUGCGUCCCUGUGGUAACCUCAACGCAUACGCGAACAUGUUUUAAAGUUACAAUAUUUUACUGCUUACUCACAUGCCUCACAUGAAGGAAUGUCGCGAUAAAUUCUACCGUCAGUGUCCUAACUAUCGUGCGAAAAUCUACAUAUGCAUUUUAAUUUACUCUAAGUACAAAAUAAAGGUGGAAGACUUU